GUACCAAAGAACUCAUCCUCAUUACCGUACAUCUCUCCUCUUGUCUUUGCUUCUUUGUGCUUAAGCGUACUCUUUCUCUCCCUAUUCAUUUGAAAUGUCGCAGCUGUAUUCUUCAAUGAAACCCACCCCAAUGCUGAAAGAUGAGCUAGACAUCGUGAUACCAACGAUUCGAAACCUAGACUUCCUCGAGAUGUGGCGACCUUUCUUCGAACAAUACCAUCUGAUCAUCGUUCAAGAUGGUGAUCCUUCAAGAACCAUCAACAUUCCAAAAGGGUUUGACUACGAGCUCUACAACAGGAACGACAUUAACAGAAUCUUGGGUCCCAAGUCUUCUUGCAUUUCCUUUAAAGACUCUGCUUGUCGUUGCUUUGGUUACAUGGUCUCCAAGAAGAAGUACAUCUACACCAUUGAUGAUGAUUGCUUUGUUGCAGAGGAUCCAUCUGGAAAAGGGAUCAAUGCACUUGAGCAGCAUAUCAAGAACCUCUUAUCUCCAUCAACCCCACAUUUCUUUAACACACUCUAUGAUCCAUACGGUGAUGGAGCAGACUUUGUUCGUGGAUACCCUUUUAGCAUGCGUGAAGGUGCCAUAACCGCGGUCUCUCAUGGCCUCUGGCUCAACAUCCCUGACUAUGAUGCUCCCACUCAGCUUGUGAAGCCUCUUGAAAGAAACUCCAGGUAUGUUGAUGCGGUCAUGACCAUUCCUAAAGGAACUCUCUUCCCAAUGUGCGGUAUGAACCUUGCUUUCGAUCGAGAGCUGAUUGGUCCAGCUAUGUAUUUUGGACUUAUGGGUGACGGGCAGCCUAUUGGACGUUACGAUGACAUGUGGGCUGGUUGGUGUGUCAAGGUGAUAUGUGACCAUAUGGGAUGGGGAGUGAAGACUGGUUUGCCUUACAUAUGGCACAGCAAAGCCAGCAACCCAUUCGUGAACCUGAGAAAGGAAUACAACGGAAUAUUUUGGCAGGAAGAGGCCAUACCUUUCUUUCAAUCAGUGACUCUUCCUAAAGAAUGUGAUUCAGUGCAGCAAUGCUACAUGGAGCUGGCUAAGCUAGUGAAAGAGAAGCUCGGGAAGGUGGAUCCUUACUUCAUCAAGCUUGCAGAUGGAAUGGUCACUUGGAUCGAAGCUUGGGAUGAGCUUAACGCUCCAAAAGGAACUGAGACCAAUGCACCAAACGCCAAAGAUGAGAAGGUCACUGAAUAAAGCUUGCGAAUCACAUGUGUACACUCCUCUGUUUCUCUUAUUCUUGCAGUUGCUAUUGUAAGCUCUAUGUAACUUUGAAUAUUGAUACCAAUUCAAUUCAUGAGAUUCAUGAACACCAGAGUUAAUUGCAUAUACAAAGACAGAUUAAAAAAAAGACAUAUAAAGCUGGAAACACAAGGGAAGAUAGAAGCAGGACACAGAAACAGAGAGGCUAGAACUUAUCAAUCUCAACGCCAUCUCUCAAAACCUCAUAAGCAUCACGGCUUCUGCUUUUCUUCAUCCCUGCCGUGAAAUGCACCUUCGAAGAGUCAGCAGAGAUGCUCGUGACUUUAACCCAAAUCAUUACUUUCGUUUUCAUCCCUUCAACAUCAGCCAGCUUUCCUUUCUC